AUGGCAGGGUCGAUGUUUGGCGGAUUCACCGUCACCUUCGCCGUUGGAGCUGCCAGCACUCCUGCGCCGAGCUUGCGUGGAUCGUCCACCGAGCGAAGUUGCGCCUUCUGGGACGGAUUGGACAUCAAGGGCAGCGUGUGCUCACAGCAGUGGCAGGGCCAAUACGCUGGGACUGCCUCGUGCAAGUCGUGCUGGGAGGGAGAGGACUGCGGGUGGACUUGCGACCUGACGGACGGCACCAAGGCCGGCGUCGACCUGCAGGCGUACGUCCACGCGUCUCACGGAGAGGGCUACUGCGCUCGGAACCCGUCCAACGACCCGUGCCUCGGCUGGCAGGUGUUCGGCGAUGGCUGUACCGACUGUGCAGCCAACGGCAUGAGCAGCAGCGCCCAGGCGUCUGCUUCCCUGCAGUCCACCGACCCGCAGCGAAGCUGCGCCUUCUGGGACGGCUUGGACAUCAAGGGCAGCGUGUGCCCGCAGCAGUGGCAGGGCCAGUACGCUGGGACUGCCUCGUGCAAGUCGUGCUGGGAGGGAGAGGACUGCGGGUGGACUUGCGACCUGACGGACGGCACCAAGGCCGGCGUCGACCUGCAGGCGUACGUCCACGCGUCUCACGGAGAGGGCCACUGCGCUCGGAACCCGUCCAACGACCCGUGCCUCGGCUGGCAGGUGUUCGGCGAUGGCUGUACCGACUGUGCAGCCAACGGCAUGAGCAGCAGCGCCCAGGCGUCUGCUUCCCUGCAGUCCACCGACCCGCAGCGAAGCUGCGCCUUCUGGGACGGCUUGGACAUCAAGGGCAGCGUGUGCCCGCAGCAGUGGCAGGGCCAGUACGCUGGGACUGCCUCGUGCAAGUCGUGCUGG